ACAUGCUCAUGACCAAUGUUGACGCGGCUGGCACAGGCGAACACAAAUUGUAAUGCACAACCUUUUACGCAACAGACCGCUUGGUUCCUCUUUCCUAUGGCACACUGGAGGAUCGCGAAGGUUUUUUGAAGCAGAAUGCCUACUUAGCGCCUGCAAAUGACUCAAAAAAGUGAACCUACCUCUGUGGCUCGGGGCAUGUCGACAUUGCACGAUUGUUUCAAUGCAACCGUUGAACAGUAUCCAACGAGGACUGCUGUUGUGUACGAUGACGGCAGCAAUAAGACACUUCUGACGUACUCUGAGCUGUCGCGACGCUCAGAUGAGCUUUCUGCAUUAAUCAACAGUCACGGUGUGUCCCGGGCUACCGUAGCAUGUUUGUGCGAGGCUUCUACGAACACCUUGGAUCUCCUUCUAGGGGUACUGAAGGCUUCCUGUGCUUUCACUUUCCCGAGGACCAACUGCCCUGAAAAGUGCAUUAAAGCACUUGUGGAUACGAAAACUCGAGUUUAUUUAGUAGCAGAAAAAUCAUUGUAUGAUCAGCACCGUCUUGCAACAAACGAUGAGUGGUCGGAACUUGAUGCUUUAUGGGAAAGCAAAUUUGUAUUUGCAAGUCAUCGUAGCAAUGCAGGAAAACAGUCUGACCAAUCAGCAUUGUUAGAGCCGCUGAUGGCAUACAUCAUGUUCACAUCUGGAACAACAGGGGACCAAAAGGUGGUCAGAGUUCCACAUGAGUGUGCCCUGAUGAAUGUCCGACACUUACGGUCCAUCUUCAACAUCUCGAGAGAAGACAUAAUAUUUCAGGCAGCACCCAUGACAUUUGAUCCCUGUGUCAUAGAAAUUUUUUUGGCUCUUACAACGGGUGCUCAGCUUCUUUUGACAUCCGAGGCUGUCAAGUGCAUUCCUCGAGCUGUUACACAACUCCUCGUUGAUUACUCGGUCUCAGUUAUUCAGGCAACACCGAGCUUUGUUCAAAGCUUGGGUUUCGAUCGCAUCCAGAACUUGCUGCUAAGUGAAGCUUCAUGCUUACGUGUCUUGGCUCUUGGUGGUGAAGAGUGCCCUUCUGGAGCCUGUAUAAAUUUGUGGAGACAGCCAGGAAACAGGACCGCAAUCUUCAACCUCUACGGAAUCACAGAGGUGUCAUGCUGGGCCUCGUACUGUAGGAUUAGUGCUACCAACACAGGAGUUAUACCAUUGGGAACACCUCUGUAUGGUACAGUGCUGGAAGUGAGAGAUGAUUCUGGAGCACUCAUUGACGAAGGAGAGGGCACUCUUUUUGUUGGUGGAUCCGAACGGCGUUGCCUGAUUGGAAAUGAAGAGUGGAAAAACCUGGAUUCCUGCCAAAUGCGCUGCUCUGGUGACAGGGUCAGGAAAUCUUCCGAUGGAUUAAUUUUCUUGGGAAGGAAAGACUCGAUCUUCAAGUAUCACGGCAAGAAGGUCAACCCCUCAUACCUUGCAACACAGCUCCUGGAAAUGGGAACGAUACAAAGCUGCCACACCUACUUCUCUAAAACAGAACAGACACUGUACUUUUUUGUAAUCUUGCAUCCUACUUGCAUUUAUCAGGCUGUGACUAGUCAGUUGACACAAAGGCUUCAAAAGGAGUGUCAGUGCCCCUUCCAGGUUGAAGUUGUUCCCAGAUGGCCUCUCACAAGCCAUGGAAAAAUAGAUGUUGAAGCCCUGAUGGCCUACCAGAAGAAGCAAAGACUGCUAGGAUCCUUGCAUGAUCUUCGCAUGUUAUUGGCCAGACUUUGGAAUGCCUCAACAACAAGAAACGAUCGCGCAGUUGUUUGCGGAGAUUCAGAGUUUGUUGCUGCUGGUGGAAACUCGCUGGGUGCCGUGAGUAUUUCACAGGAACUGGAGUUUGCUUCAGGCAUCGCUCUGCCACUUCUUGUGGACAAGAUUCUGAAUGAGAAGUUCUCGGAUGUUGAGAAAUAUUUGUACGCCAUGACAGAAAGUCGCAAACAACUGAAUUAUCCCAUUCCUGCGAAAAGAGCAAGACGACCCAUCUCUGCAUGGAGCUUGUCGUCCGAAUCUGUGCAUGUGAAGCUUUCAUCUUGUUUUACAUGCAUAACAAGGUUUGAAACUUGGCAGCAUUGUUGCUGUGCUGAGAGCUGCCAUCAACUGAGGAAGACAGCUGACCAUGAUUUUCAAAGGCCAACUCUAUCUGAAAGGUGGAAGUAUGACCUGCGGAAAUGCAUAGACGCAUCUCCUCUCAUUGUCAACUAUGAAAGGGAGGACACAGUUGUGUUCAUAGGAUCUCAUGCAGGUCGUUUUUGUGCUUUGAAUGGAAAAUCUGGAAAUUGCUUCUGGGAGAUAUCAGUUGCCGACAGGAUAGAGUCUUCGGCCACUCUUUCCACCUGUGGCAAAUAUGUUGCAUUUGGUUGCUAUGAUCACCACAUUUACUGUGCUGAUGUUGUGGAUGGCAGUGUCAAGUGGGUAAUAAAUACCGGUGCAGAAGUCAAAAGCUCACCCACUACAAACAGAAAGAACUGCUCGUUCCUUUGUGGCUCCCAUGACAAGUACCUCUACUGUAUCAGUGAGAAUACUGGAAGCCUUCUGUGGAAGCAGCAGCUUUCAGAAGGAAGCAUCUUUGCGUCUCCAUGCGUUUCAUAUCAGCCUUACCAGAUAUAUGGAGCUACACUCGAUGGAUUGGUUGCAGCAUUAUCUCCUGAGACUGGGACUGUGCUAUGGACUUAUAAGCUGGAAAAGCCUAUCUUUUCUUCACCUGCUGUUUGUGACUUUGGAGUGGGCAUAUGCUGUGUUGACGGCAAGAUUUUCCUCCUCAAUCAUUCAAAUGGCAUAAGCUAUGGAUUGCAGAAACUGGUGGCCCUAUAUUUUCAACCCUUUCAGUGUCAAGAGGAGAUGCAGGUUCAUGUUUAUUUGUUGGGUGCCACGAUAAUUAUGUCUACAAACUUUCCUGUAAGGACGGGAGCGUGCUUUGGAAGACCUUCUCAGUGCUCCCAUCUACUCAACAUUAUUUUGUUUUCAUGACGGGAAGACUUGUGUUGGUGCAAGCACACAAGGAAAAUUGUGCGUAAUUGGUAGUCAUCGCGGUGAAGUGCUCAGCACAUAUCAUUUGGACAAUGA